AAAUGUUCCGGGCGGAUCACUUCCUGUUUACCUGGCAAACCGGAAACUGUGCUCAUCGUGAGGAACCGGAGACUUGUUGCUUGUGAACGAGGAUAAUUUAUACAUUUUGAGAAAGCACGAUGCAGUACACAGUGAACAUCAAACUCUCCGCCAGGACUUUAACAGGAACAUUGAGUGGCCAGAACAGAGGGGCAGUGGAUUGGGGUUGGCAAGGUUUAAUUGCCCAUGGUUGUCAUUCACUUGUAUUGAUUAUUGAUCCGUGCACAUCACAGACAAUUCAAGUUUUGGAAAGACACAAAGCAAAUGUUGUGAAGGUAAAGUGGGCUAGAGAAAACUACCACCAUAGUAUUGGUUCUCCCUAUUCCCUACGUCUGGCAUCAGCAGAUACUGUAGGAAAGAUCAUUGUUUGGGAUGUUGCUACUGGAGCAGCUCGAUGUGAGAUUCAGGAGUACACCAAACCCAUUCAAGUGUUGGUGAUCCACACAUUCAACCACAUCAACCAGUACUUGAAGCACUUAACAUCACCAAGAUUCUGUGAAUGGUCUCCUACUCACAACCUGAGGAGUUUGCGUAGAAAACAGUUAGCAGUCCGAGAAGCCAUGGCCAGACAAACUGUUGGUUCCGAUGCAGAAGCCAGUAACAUUGAGUCGCCCAUGAUCAGUUUGCUGCAGGAAGCAGAAAGUAAAGCUGAAAUUAGUCAUAACAUUUCUGCACGUGAGCACUUUAUAUUUACUGACAACGAUGGACAGGUCUUCCAUCUCACUGUAGAAGGAAACUUGGUGAAGGACGGGGCCAGAAUUCCUCCAGAUGGAAGCAUGGGAACCAUUACAUCCCUUGCUUGGAAAGCAGACUACCUAAUACUAGGUGAUGUUGAUGGGAAUGUGAACUUCUGGGAUUUAAAAGCUCGAGUUUCAAGAGGAAUUCCCACUCAUCGUGGAUGUGUAAAGAAGAUCCGGUUUGCUCCUGGAAAGGGAAACCUGAAGCUGCUGAUCAUGUUUAAUGAUGGGGCAGAAGUUUGGGAGACCAUAGAGGUUCAGAUGGUAAGCAGCAUAAGGACUGGCCGAAAUAUCAACUACAAGAUUCUUGAUAUCGAUUGGUGCAGCUCUGAUAAAGUGGUUCUAGCUUCAGAUGAUGGCUGUAUCCGAGUCCUGGAAGUUGCAAUGAAAUCAGCAAGUUACAGAAUAGAUGAACAAAACUUAACAGAUCUACUUUGGUGCCCCUACCUCCUCCUUCCCAGAUCUUGUCUUGCAUUGAAAGCUUUCCUAUUGCACCAGCCAUGGAAUGGGCAACAUUCCCUGGAUAUUAUGAAUAUUCGUUAUUUAGAAAGUGAAGAGGUAAAAUUACUUAUGGUGGAGCAGUUGAACUCAAUAUUGAAUGACAUUCAGUGUCUUCUUCUAGACCCAGAGUUCCAACUGGUGCAGAGAUGCUCACUUGUAGCGAGACUUUUUGGUGAUGAGUCAGAACUGCAAUUCUGGACUGUUGCUGCUCAUUAUUUAUACAGCUUUUCAAAAGAAAAGGAACUAAUCCCAUCCAAUGCAGUUCAAGAGAACCAAGCUAGUCCAUUGGAUAUUUGCUAUGACAUACUCUGUGAGAAUUCCUACUUCCAGAGAUCCCAGAUUGAGCGGGUUAACCUGCAAGAGGCAAAAAGAACAACAUAUGAUCACACAAAGAAAUGUGCGGACCAGUUGCUGUUAUUAGGCCAGACGGACAGGGCAGUGCAACUCCUACUGGAAACAAGUGCAGAGAAUCCAAGCUAUUAUUGUGACUCACUGAAAGCUUGUCUCGUUACUACCAUUACCUCUUCAGGUCCUUCCCAGAGCACCAUAAAACUGGUGGCUACUAACAUGAUAGCGAAUGGAAAACUAGCAGAAGGAGUCCAGCUGCUUUGUCUGAUCGAUAAAACUGCAGAUGCUUGUCGAUAUUUGCAAACCUAUGGAGAGUGGAAUCGAGCUGCUUGGCUUGCAAAGGUCCGUCUAAACGCGGAAGAGUGUGCAGAAGUACUGAAACGCUGGGUAGAUCAUCUGUGUUCGCCUCAGGUAAACCAGAAGUCAAAGGCUAUCUUAGUCCUCCUUUCACUGGGCUGCUUUAGCAAAGUUGCAGAAAUGUUAUACAGCAUGCGAUAUUUUGACCGAGCUGCACUGUUCUUGGAAGCUUGUCUGAACUAUGGAGUUAUGGAAAUAAAUGAAAAAACAAAGAAACUUUGCCACGCAGUGUAUGCAGAUUAUGCAAGGUACUUAAAGAUGCUGAAUUUACAGGAAGGGGCAGUUCUGUUUGCCACAAAAGCAGGUGAUGCUGGAGCUGAACUGCUUAAGGACUUGCAGCACAGCAAAGAAGAUAAACCAAUUUCAUGACUUGUAACUGUUAAUCUUGAAAUUAAAAUGGCCUCCGCAGUUUCAAAGUUUAAUUGAACUAGUUGGCGACUAACGUAGAGCACUUUGAAUAUUGUGUUGCUGUCUCCAGUUGUGCAGUCUGAACAAACUACAUUCCAGUUGUUAUUCCUCAGUGAAAAUCGGCAAAAAAAAAACUUGAAUGAAAAUAUCUCACUCUAAUGCUUUCUAGUAUGUGUAGACUUUUGAUACAGAUUUGCCUUUCUUUGUGUAUGACUCUCACAUUAAUGAAAAGUCUGUAUAAAUUCCUCUGACUAAUAUAACCUUAGCUGGAACAUUUUUAAGCUCCCAUUGACAGUCACAGAGAAGGAAAUUGAUCAGUAAUUUUUGGCAGGAUUUGUUUUAAAUACAGGAGAUCAUUUCUGUGAUUAGACAAGAGAUGUGGACAGUCUAUGUGAUUAGAAUUGCACUUAAGUCACAUUGUUUAACAAUAUACAAAUAAUUUUGUUUGUUGCUUGAAAAACUAAAUUUAUUCAAAUGUGAAAUGUGCACAAGCAAUUUAUAAAAUGAGGUAUAAAACAUCACAACUGCACUUUGCAUAUAAUUCAGUGUUUAGUUUGCAGUGAAAUGCUGAUUCUAAAAUGUAUUAAGGACAUGAAACAGAGCUACAAUGUGAAGAUUCCACAUUCAACACGAGGUGGACACAGAAGCAGAUGGUGACAAUACCACAGAAAUGCAACAAGCAGGAGAGUGGGAUGUUGGUGGAUGAAAUAGUCAGAUAUGAGAAGACCACUCUAAAACAGCAUGAUGUCGGUGACAUUGACUAGGAGUCACCUUGAGCAUGGAAUUCCUCUCAUCUCAAGAUAAGAUAGGAAAGGGAAGAGGAUACUGGGAAAUUAUAUUAACAUUACCCAGUGGCACCCAGUAUCAUACUCAACAUCUAAUAAAAUAUUUUUUAGUCUGCA